AUGUUAAACCUAGAAGUCGACAGCUCCAAAGCCAUCGACUUCAAAAUAGACGAAGACACAACCCUUGGUCAUGGUAAAGCCACGAAGAUUUCCAAAAAGAUUGUGGAUGGAAAGAUGACGACAAACCUAGAGGCGGCUAGCUCCAAAAGCAUCAACCUUAGGAUCAGUCAACUCAUGCAGAUUUUUGUAAAGAAUUUGAAAGGAAAGACCAUUACCAUAACAGAUGUGGCCAGCUUCGACACCAUAGAAAACGUCAAGGCUAAGAUCCAGGAUAAAGAGGGCAUCCCGCCGGACCAGCAGAGACUGACCUAUGAGAGCAGAACGCUCCACGAUGGCUUCACCGUAGCCGACUAUAACAUCGAGAAGGAAUCGACCCUUUUCUUGUCACUGCGUCUGAGCAAAGGGAGGUUCGAGAGCGUUAAUGAUUACUCUGUUGUGGUUAUUAGGAUUCCUGAUGAUAAGGACUGUGAAGAUGAGAUAAUGCGGUAG